ACCUCAUUGGCAUGGCAUGCCUGUCUUUUUUGAUUGCUCUCGGACUCAGUUAUCCAGACAAGUGUGCUUGUCUGUGAGUGUGUGAGAGAGAGAGGGAGAAUGAAAAACUUCUAGUUGUGUUGUGUUGUGUAAUAGAAAAAGGUUUAAAGAAGGGGAAAAUUUCUCAGACCACUUCCAAAAACAAUCAUAGAAAUCAGAAAAAGCAACCUCAGACACGCACAGUCACAGGGUAGCAAGUGAAGUUACGAAAACAGCCUAAUGAGUUUCUGUCAAGUGUUUUUAACUUUUGGGGCUGUGUCAUGUGCUGCAUUUUAGUAACAAGACUUUUCUAAAUCACUAAUACAGCUCUCAAACGGGCACUCAUCAUUCAACUCUGUUAAAUCUCAGUUAAGUGGUUCCCUUGAUGCUUGACAUCUAAGCUCCGUUCAAUCAUUUUCGAGGCCUAUUGGGAUUCUUAUAUUAAAGAGAUCGAAGAGAUGGGAUCUCACUGGAGUCCCAGCCAGCCCAGUUGUGUUGGGGAAAUAACUCUGGGACUUUCGCAAACUCGAACUUUGUCUUUCAGAGGGCCAUUAGGCUUUCGAGCAUUAGCCUUUUGGAUUUCUCAUUUGUUUUUGUACUAUACUGCAAUUUUUUGUUUUUUUGGGUUGUGUUCUCCUUUAAAUGUCACAAUAUGAAUCAUUCAGAAUUGUGUUUGUUGUAGACUUGUAGUGCAUAACUGUUUUGAUUAUCGGAUUCUUGUAUGCAUCUCUUCUGGCAAAUAGUACUAGGGUUCAAAAACUAGAGCUUGAUUCUUGAAAUUUGUAAUAUUCUUCAAGUGGUGAAGAAAGAUAGUAGGUAGAGAUAAUAUCAAAGUCAAGGUCUACAUCCCUAUUCUCGUUGUAAAUACCAUAGCUUUAUGUAGUUGUUCUUGAAGCCGUGCUGAGUAUGGCUGAAAUUAGAGUACCGAAGGUAGAGCAGGGUGGUCAGACCAAAAUAAAAAAUGUGCCAAUUGCAGUGACACCAGAGGGUUUCUGGUGCUGCCCCUCUCCUGUUGUGUUUCAAAAGACCCCAAAGACACAAAGUCCUCUAAACAAACCGAAAUCAUCGCCUCCAACACCCUCACCGAAUACUGCAUUUCAGAAGAAAAGUUCUGUAAGUGAGAAAAAGCAAGCAGCCCUAGCACCAAAAUCCAAUCUUGUUUCAAGUGAUCAAAAAGCUCCUAAUUCUGAUGCAUCGCCACCUAGUCUGCCAUCCAUUACUGAGAGGACACUUAGGGUGAAGACGGAAAAUGUGCAGAGGAAGGUGUCAAUUGAGUUUGGGGAACCUGGAACGAGCGAUCUGAAGGUGAUUUUACUCGGGAAACAGGGCUUUGCUGUGAAGUUGAGUGUCCACAAGAAAAUUUUGGUUGAGCAUAGCAGAUUUUUUGCAAACAAAAUUUCAGAGCAGCAGCUUGUUUUUCCGUGUCUUGAAAUUGACGACUGUGAUGAUGUUGAAAUCUAUGUUGAAACUGUUGGACUUAUGUACUGCAAAGAAUUGAAGCAGCGGCUGAUCAAGCAAAGUGUUCCUCGUGUCCUGCGCAUCCUCAAGAUUGCAGAACAACUGGGCUUCACUUCAUGCAUACAGUCUUGCUUGGAAUACUUGGAAGCAGUCCCCUGGGUAGGAGAGGAAGAAGAAGACAAAGUAGUUAAUUCAGUGUUACGCCUGCAGGGGGAGGGAAUUGGAGUGACCCCAGUAUUGAAGCGUGUCUCUUCUGAUGUUUCAAAGCCACCUAAGGAUACACUGUCCCAAAUUCUGGAGUUGAUGCUGAAGAGCAAUGAGGAGAGAGGCCGACGUGAAAUGAAAUCCAUUGUGCUGAAGCUCCUUCGGGAAAGUAACAGUCUUCCUAGCUGCUCAAGUUCGGUUGAUGCAUGCAACGCAAUAAUUUAUGGAUCAUGCAGAAGCUGCAUGGAUGUGCUGUUGUCGGCAUUCAGACAAGCUACUGAAUCUGAGUUGACCAGCAAGCUACAUGAUUGCAAAGAACCAUUCCUAAAGCAGAUAUCUCUAGAAGCUGAUAAUCUUUCAUGGUUGCUUGACAUUUUAGCUGACAGGCAGGCAGCUGAUGAGUUUGCAGUAAUGUGGGCUAGCCAGCAAGAACUGGCUUCCCUUCAUGGAAAACUUCCUAUCAUGUCUCGAUACCAUGUUAGCUGUAUUACAGCAAGGCUUUUUGUUGGAAUAGGAAGGGGGGAGCUUCUGCCCUCAAAGGACAUCCGUCUCUUGUUAUUAGAAACCUGGUUGCAACCAUUGAUUAAUGACUAUAAUUGGUUACAACAUGGGUGCAGGUCAUUUGAUCGGAAAGUUGUGGAGGAAGGAAUCGGCAGGACCAUUCUCACAUUGCCUCUGGAGGAGCAGCAGAGCAUUUUGCUAGGUUGGUUGGGCACUUUUCUAAAGGCUGGUGAUAGUUGCCCAAAUCUUCAGAAAGCUUUUGAGGUCUGGUGGCGCAGGACUUUUGUUAGACCAUAUACAGAUUCAGUUAACCCCCCUCAGUCAGAUACCACCGUGGGGUUGAAGAUAGUAGAGAAAUAAAUUAAAAAAAAAGAAGAGAGAGAUUACUGAGUUUACUGAUGCAGAGUUUACUGAGGUAUACUGGGGUUUCAGUCUCUUUUUGAGUUUUAAGAGCAUGGAAAGCAAUAUAUGGCCGGAAGUCCAUAUGCAGAAGCCAUCCUCAUUUCAGGAUAAAACAGUUCCUUCUCUGAAGCUUAAACAAUUCCAUGAAUCUCAAAAUUCGAGCUGAUGCAUUACGGGCUCAGAGAGAUUCAUCAGGUUAAGGAGUUCAGAUUGCUUGGUGUUUGUAAAAGUUUGUAAAAUACAGUGUUGACUGUAAUGCAUGUCUGAGUCUGAGUUACAUUUGAUACGCUUGGUUCUGAAGUGAAGUGAUGUCAACUGUAAUGCAUUUCUCACAGAAAUGAGAGAAGCUGAUUUAACUACAAUCCAA